CUUGAAGAAAGUAUCCCUCCCCUCCAUCAAGACGCACAAGACUCUGAACCGAAGGAUAUCUUGGCCUCCCUACAGAAGCUGAUUAUUCGGAUCUAUGUAAUGAUUUAUCCUACACCAUGAUCCCAUACUGAUACGAAACUUAGACAGAUUUAGUCAAUAAGUCGACAGAUUUGUUCAGGGACAUCUGCGUUGGCGUCAAACAUGCGCAAAAAUUCACGCUAUCAAAGCAGAGAACCACCGAAAACGGAAUGAUCGCUUCUCACGUGAAGUCACCCUGAUUGUUUGUUUUUAAAGGAAGCGACAAGCUUAUCGACUCCGAAAAUACCCGCAACCGAGAGACCGAAGUGGGAACGAGCGCUGACAUCCGCAGUAUAUCUGGAAAUACGGUGUCCUAAGCCAUGGGGGCCUUCUUGGACAAGCCGAAGACAGAGAAACACAAUGCUCACGGAGCAGGCAAUGGUCUGCGCUUUGGCCUGAGCAGCAUGCAGGGCUGGCGGGUAGAGAUGGAGGAUGCGCACACAGCCGUUGUGGGUCUACCACACAGCCUGGAUGACUGGUCCUUCUUCGCAGUGUACGACGGUCACGCAGGCUCCCGCGUAGCCAACUAUUGCUCCAAGCACCUGCUGGAGCACAUCAUAACUAGCAGCGAGGACUUCCGUUCGGGGCCUGACUCCGUGGAGGGCGUUAAAAGUGGCAUUCGUUCUGGCUUCCUGAAGAUCGACGAGUACAUGCGCAACUUCUCGGACCUACGUAAUGGUAUGGACCGUAGCGGCUCCACGGCAGUCGGCGUGCUGGUGUCCCCUGAGCACCUCUAUUUCAUCAACUGUGGAGACUCCCGUGCCGUUCUCAGCCGCAUCGGACAGGUACGGUUCUCCACACAAGACCACAAGCCGUGCAACCCGCGUGAAAAAGAGCGCAUUCAAAACGCAGGAGGUUCUGUGAUGAUCCAAAGGGUGAAUGGUUCACUUGCUGUGUCACGUGCCCUGGGGGACUAUGACUACAAGUGUGUGGAUGGGAAGGGCCCCACUGAGCAGCUGGUAUCUCCGGAACCGGAGGUGUUUGAAAUCCCACGCGUUUCAGAAGAGGAUGAGUUUGUGGUGCUCGCCUGCGAUGGCAUCUGGGAUGUGAUGAGCAACGAGGAGCUGUGUGAUUUUGUGCGCUCUCGGCUAGAGGUGUGGGAUGACUUGGAGAAGGUCUGCAACUCUGUGGUGGACACCUGUUUACAUAAGGGAAGCCGUGACAACAUGAGUGUUGUUCUAGUAUGUUUCCCCAAUGCACCGAAGGUAUCAGAGGAGGCUGUUAAGAGAGAGGCCGAGUUGGACAAGUUCCUGGAGGCUCGUGUGGAAGAAAUCAUGGAGAAGUCAGGGGAGGAAGGCAUCCCAGAUCUAAGCCAUGUCAUGCACAACCUUCGCCCUGAGAGCAUCCCCAACCUGCCACCAGGUGGUGGUCUCGCUAGCAAACGUAGUGUAAUUGAGGCCGUUUACAACAGGCUAAACCCACAUAGAGAAGAAGAUGGGGACAGCCAGGGAGGAGCAGCCGGCGGUGAGGAGGAAGAAGAAGGCAGCUCCGCUGCCGCCCACCUACUGGAGGCGCUACGACAGUUCCGGCUCAGUCACCGAGGCGAAUACCGCCAAGUGCUGGAGCAGGCGCUAUCCACUUACCGGCUGUCCUACGGGACAGGUGCCACGACACGGACCGACCCCAAGGAGGAACCUCCCUCGCCCCCUCCGUCCCCGGCCACUGAACCCCUCAGCUCUGAGGAGGGACAGGACGAAGCCGCUACGUCACAGUCUCUGGACGAGCUCUCUGGCGCCCCCACUGCAUGACCCUGUUUAGUACCCACUAAACCCAGCCCUGCUAUCAAACCCCUUUCCCCAGACCUGCUCUCUGGCCCAGGUUGCUUUUGGCAAUCUUCCUCCUUAGAGCACUUCCAGUGCAGGUUUUUGGUUGUCUUUAUGGAUUUGUAAUAGCACUUUGGGUGGAUGUUUUGUGUUUGUGAACCCUGUAAACAGUAGAAGUCGCAUACAGAGGAAGUUUUGCGAAGAAUUCUUAUCACUAAAAACCUGCUCUGCAACUGCAAGUGAGGUUAACCUUGGCAUAUCCCAGCUCUGUCUAUCCCAGCCGUGUGUUUUUAAAAUGAUACAUGGAGGUGUAAUCUAAUGAAGUGAAAAUAGACGUGAAAAUUGUCAUCUCACCCUCAUGUUAUUCCAGACUUAAAAAUGACUUUAUUUUAUGGAACACACAGAUAUUUUGGAAGAUUUGUUUUGUGGAAGAUUUUUUUCUUUUUUUUUUUUUUUUUUUUUUUAGUUUGGUUUAGUUUGAUUGUUUGUUUUUCGUACAAAGUCUUUGUACAAUCAAAGACUUUAAUUGCAUAGGUGAAAAACAUUGUUCAAAAUAUCUUUUUUGUGUUCUGCAAAAGUAAGUCAUACAAGUUUGGAAUGACAUGAAGGUAAAUAAUUCAUUUUUGAUGAUCUAUCCCUUUAAGGAGAUUUGAAUAUUGUUACACCUGAAUGAUUUGAUGAUCACCAUUUCACACCCAAAGAGUUUACCCAUGUAAGUAGUUAAACGUUUGAAAUCACAAUGGUCUAAGUGGACAAUCUGGGCCGUGCCAACAAUACACAGAACUGUUUGCUCUCGUGCCAUGCGAUGCAUGUGUACUCCAUAUCCUGGGUUGUCUCGUGGCUGAUAAUAGUUAUAGGAUAUUAACGUACUGUAGUAAACAUCAGGUACAGCUUUUAUUAUGCUCUUUAUGUAGUGUGCUUGUGUGUGUGUGUGUGCGUGUAUGUGAAUCAAAUGUUUGAAAUGCAAGAUGAUUAACUGAUCAAAAGCAAUUCUUUCACCAUUUAAAAGGGAACUCUAAUGCUGUGUAUGUGUGUAUCUUCCCCUCUCUCCAUAUCUCUUUCAUAACGGUUUAUAAUUUGAGCUGACCUCUCGAAUAUGAUUGUCCUGUGUCUGCUCUUUGAGUGUUCACAGUUAACUCUACUAUCCAGGUGUGUCCUUGAGGAAGAAGCACAAAAUGGAAAUGCACUGGCUUUAUAAGCAUGGACCAUAUGAGAUUACAGAAGCUUACACAAUCAUUUGUUGUUGCAAAAUUCUCCUUUCGCCUGUUGUGCUGACGCAAUCAGUCAAUGACUUUACAUUUGCAAUCUAAAAGUCAUUCAUUGAAAGGGGACAAUACAAACUGCUUUACCUUUUAGAAGGACUUAAUGCAACCUACACAUUAGGCAACGCUGCUAUAAGAUCAUUCAUGAAUGUCUGUACACUGCAGUAUUUGCACAGGGCUUCUUAUCUUAUUCUUAUGACCCGAGUUUUUGGAAAUCAAGCUGAAUUCUGUCCAUUUGGAUUGUCAUAUUGCAAAAUAUCUGAUGUUCCAAACUACUUUUUUGUGUUUUCUUUGGCUGAUUUAUCAAGCCAUUUGAAGCUGAUUACUUUGUUGAUUUGGAAGUUAAUGCAUAACACAAACUGUAUAAUCCUCUUAACGGUUAGCGCAAGUGCAUGCAUAACGCUGCCAUUGUUAUAUUAAACUAAUGUUACUAAUAUACAGGCUCAGCAGAAUCAGAGAGCUUAAUUGUCCAUAGAGCAGUAUUUGCUGCGUUGGGUUUUUAUUUUUUUUUUAUUUUUUUUUUCCUGGGCAAAGGUUUGUAUUCAUUUUGUGUUACGCUGAAGUUCAAAAUAAAUCAAAUUCAACUAUUGA